AUGGGCCGACCUGUAUCGCCUGAGCGAUCCCAGAUCCUUGACGCCGAGAUUACGGAAGAAGCAGCCGUCAUUGUGUACCAGACGCCCCGCAAGGUAAUUUCGGUUCUCGAAAAUGGAAUUGCAAAGAAAUGGACGCGGGGAGACUCUCAGCUGCACGAGAUGGAGGCACUGCGCGUUGCCAAAGAAUGCGGCCUGCUCGUGCCAGAUGUGCGUGGUUAUGGGACGACACCAGCGGGGAAAAUAUGGCUGGCGAUGGACAAGAUCGCCGGCCAGCCGCUGGAGCAAGUGUGGAAGGACCUGUCCAAAACGAAGAAGACGGCGAUUGCCCAGCAAUUAGGCGCCUUUAUGGCCCAGAAACGCGCUAUGCCCCCACCAGAGGGGCACAUUGGGGGCCCAAGGGCUGGCCAGCCAGGGCGCGAGAUCCGCCAGUACCACGACUACGAAAUCCCCGCGUGCCGUGAUGAGAGCGAGUUUAACAAAUACCUCCUCGGUGCGCUUCUUUGGAACACGCCUGUGCCAUUUCGCAAUGCCUUUGCCGAGUGCCUACGCGCCGACCAUCGCAUCGUCUACACACACGCUGACUUUGCCCUGCGCAACAUUAUGGUCCAAGAUGGGCAGGUGACGGGCGUUCUUGAUUGGGAAAAUGCGGGAUGGUUCCCAGAAUACUGGGAGUAUGUUAAGUUCUUUCACCAAAACUUUGGUAACAACGACUUCCGUGACUACGCCGACAUUAUCUUUCCGCGCAGUUUCCCCAACGAGCUCAUUACCUACACAGCCCUCCUUAAGUACCAGUAUCCAUAA